AUGGGAAGCGCAACAUUUUGCUACACAAUAUUUUUCAUUGAAACUAUUCAAAGUGGAACAAUUCAAGAAAUUUCUUACGUAACAAAUCUUUUGUUCACAUUCUAUGGAUCAGUUUUAAAGUCUUUCUGGUUGCUGAAGAAUUUUCAGAAGAUCAAGGAAAUGUUGAAUGAUUUAAAAAUAAUUACAAAAGUUCAUAAAUUUAACGAAGGAGAGAAGAAAUGUUUGAAGCAUCUUCGCAUUGAUCGAGUGGUUAAGGUCGUUAAAAUCUACUUCAGUGCGGCAUUUGUAACAGGAUUAAUGGGAACUUUAAAUGCCUUAAUCAAAUACAAUGAGAAGGAAAUCAUGUUCGAAACUUGGUGGUUUUUUGACUACAAAGCUUCAAUUAUACAUUAUUGGACGAUUUUCAUUUAUCAACAUUUAUUUCUUGCCUACAUAGUCGUCAUUGCUUGCAGUACUGAAUCAAUCCUGAUACUUUUCAUGAACACAACAACAGCAUUGAUUGAUGACCUCAUUGUGGAAAUUAAAUUAUGGAAACAUAAUCCAAUUAAGAAAAUUCUAAGACAAAAAGUUUUCUUCAAGAACUCUCAAGAUUAUCACGCGUUGAAGAAACUUGAAAUCGCAAUGGAAUAUCAUUUGAAAAUCAAGAAAAUAGUUGAAGACAUCUCGAAGCAUAUUUCAUUUGUUUUCUUCGUUCAAACUUUCAUCAGCUCGAUCGUGAUUUGUGGUUCAGUUUUUUUGAUGACAGUGCUCUCGCAGAAACAUGAAACAUCAGAUUUCUUCAGAACUGCUGUCUUUGGAUGUUUAAUGACAUUUCAGAUAUUUUUGCCAUGCUACUAUGGAAAUGAAUUAUCAGUUGCAUCGGAUAAAAUUCUUUCAACUCUUUUUCAUUCUGAUUGGGUUAGUUCAAGUCAGAAGUACAAAAAUUCUUUAAAAAUAUUUUUAGAAAACACAAAACGAACAAUAAAAGUUCGAAGUUUUAAGAUUGUUAAUAUUGAUUUUGAGACUUACACAACAAUAAUGAACGCAGCUUACUCACUUUACGCUUUGAUGAAUAAAAUUAACCAGAAAUGA